AUGCUUUCCUUUUUCUUUCUUUCUUUGAUCUGUUCUUACCUAUCUAUCUAUCGUAUCUAUCUAAGUCUGUUCUAUCUAUCUAUCUAUCUAUCUACCCGUCGUUAUUUUUUUACUCAUUUUAUUGUUUUUCUUCUUAUUGUUUGCUUUCUUUUCUUCUCAACUUCUCUUUCAUUUUUUUUUCUUACCUUUAUUAUCUUUCAUUUUUCUUCUCCUCUUCUCUUUCAUUUUUAUUCUCGCCUUUAUUAUCUUUCAUUUUCCUACUCGUCUGUAUUUGCUUUCAUUUUUCUUUUCGUCUUUAUUUUCAUUAAAUUUUCUUCUCGCCUGUAUUUCUUUUCAUUUUUCUUCUCCCCUUUAUUUUCUUUCGUUUUUUUUUUUUUUUUUGCAUUCUUUUUCAGUUUUCUUCUCAUCUGUAUACUCUUUCAUUUUUCUUUUCGGUUUUUAUUCGAUUUUAUUUUUCUUCUCGCCUGUAUUCUCUUUUACUUUUCUUCUCGCCUGAAUUUUCUUUCAUUUUUCUUCCCAUCUUUAUUCUCUCUCGUUUUUCUUCUCGCCUUUAUUUUCUUUCAUUUUACUUAUCGCCUGUAUUCGUUUUCACUUUUCUUCUCGCUUAUAUUCUCUUUCAUUUUUCUUUUCGCCUUUAAUCUCAUUUAA